GGACUGGUGACUAUACUUUCUCUCGUCUUCCAUCUAUUUUUUUCUUUCGGAAAAAUAACUUUGCCACCAAAGAAUCAAGAUGUAUUCUCGGCAGUUAUUCUCGCUUCUCCUCCUCGUUGUAGUGGCAGGUGUGAUGUCUGCAUUUACAAGAGAUGCUUGUGAAUUAAAGGCGAAGAAAGGGCCUUGCACAGACUAUGUCGACCGCUGGGCUUUUAACACUGAUCAGGGCAAAUGCGUUCCGUUCUCUUACGGAGGAUGCCGAGGAAAUCCGAACAACUUCGAAUCCAAAGCCGAGUGCAGAAAAUACUGCGAAGAGGCUGGUCGUGGAUGUUACGAGCCUGAUGAAGGUAGAUGGUACCGAGACGGAGAACAGAAGGAAUCAGAUCAGCCAUGUGGAGGAUGCGCCUGCAUCAAGGGAUAUUGGGCUUGCUCUAGCUGCAACAGGAACCUUCUUGAGUGCCCUGCCAUUCGAUGUAUGAAUGAUUGUCCCCAUGGUUACCAAGCUGAUGAGUUCGGAUGUGCUACAUGCAAAUGCAAGCGAAAGCCAGAGCUGGAGUUCUACUGUAGUCGUUAUUGUAACCUGUGUACUGAGCAUGAGUGGUUGGACUGCCCUCAAGAUUGUUACUGUGAUCAACCUUCAUUCUAAAGAUUACGUCAUCUUCAUCAUAAAACACAAUAGAUAUCAUUAACAACCCAAAAUA